AAACAUAAAAGACAUUUUGACAGCGGGUUGUGGCGGCUGCCCAAAAUUUCGUGUGGAAAGAGCUUUUGAAUUUUCGUGAAAUUAUGGAUGUUUUUGGAUAAUAUUUUAGACAUGAGAUCUUGAUCAAACUGACACAAUGCCAGGUAUUGUGGUUUCUCUAAGUGAGGCCCUGACAGUCAGUGGCACGCCCCUGGCGGAGUCGUACGUGUGGGCAAUACUGAACCAAUGUGCUGUCUAUUUCAAUAAGAUUACAAAAGAAGAAAACAGAACAGUGGCGAGGGAUAUUUUCGUGGUAACCCCAGAGUCCCUUUGUUUUCAUUCUGAUGGUGGGGUAGAGAUCUCUGAAUCCCCUUCCCAGAGCAAGGAUUCAAGAUAUCUACCACCAGACUCACAACAUGCUCCUAUCAAAACACUCCAAGCUGCGGAGAAGUGUUUCAUAUACUCCCUGGGGAAAUCCCUGAUUAAAGCACUGGAAUCAGGACACAGGAGCCAGGCGCCUUCUGUCAGCCGUAAUUUGGAGGGUGUUCUUGCCUCCAUGUGUGAUGUGGAUCCAGAUACAAGGAUCACAUUGAACCAGAUUAUACAGGCUUUUUCUCUCUAUGCAGAGAGACACAUAGAAGCUAGGAAUAGUUCCCUGUACACAAAGAAAAUCUACUCCAGUAUAAUGGGAAGCGAUAGCUCAGAGGAAGAGCAUAGCGGAAGCCAUAGCAGUCGCCAUGAUACUGGUUCUGCUUCCUCAAGAGGGCAAAGGUCAAGAGGAAGACAAAAGUACACAAGGAGACGAGAAAGACAAAGGUCAAGGUCAUCUUUGUCUCGCUCAAGGUCUCCAUCCAGAUCAAGGUCUCGAUCAAGGUCAAGGCACAGGGAAAGUAGAUAUGAUGAUAAAGAUUAUCAUCAGUCUCAAAAAGAAAACCACACACAACCUAUGUAUCACCCAGGUUUUACCCAGCCUCCUACCUACAUUGAGCAUGUGACAAUGACCCCAGGGAGAUCGUACCACUUGUCUGACAUCACUUUCACCUCGGCCCUGAAUGGGGGACCGGUUCAAAGUGGCAAGAACAGAAGUAGGUCAGCCAGUGGCACAGGAGCCUACAUGAACGAGACAGCACAGCAGAAAUACCUCCGUCUAAAGGAAAGGCAGAGAAAACUGAAGAUACUAAGGAGGGGGCUGAUGACUGAGGGAUAUGAAGGUCAUGACCUUUUGACACUGAACCCUGACCUGCCCUGGUCAGACACCAGAUCUGUUCUGUCUGGAAUGUCAUUUACACAAGCAAAGUACAUGAAGCAUGGAGGAGGGUCAUAUACCCCUGGUCUUCAUACGAAACAUGGUUCAGAUAUUGCCCUAAGACUCGGUCGAGAUUCAGACCGAGAUAGCAUAAUCAGCAGCGAGAUGUCAUUGAGUCAGGAUCAGCAACAUUAUAGAUCCAAAGAUCACGUGGCAUAUCCGGAGAAAUUAGCAUCUGGGAAUUAUAAUCACCACAGAAUGAGCCAGGAAAUGGAGAUGGAACAAAAGCUGGAUCAGCUGAAGGAUGAGAUCUACAGAACGGUGGAAGAGAAUAAAGGAUUGAAAAAGCAAGUGCACCAUGGGAAUUCUGCCGGAAAGUUGACACACCUACAUCACGACAAUCACAAACCAAAGGAAUAUUAUGGGCCUGAGUUUGUCCACAAGUCUGCCAAACCUUUGAUUAGGAUAUCUGUGCCAUUGCAAGGGGAGAGCUUAAAAAACCCCGCCCAUGUGCGGCGCGUCGUGGUGGUGCUCUUGACCGGUCAGAAACUGGAGGCCCUGGUGGACCCCAGCACCACUGCCCAGCAGAUGUUUGAGUCCAUCAUCACCCACAUAGAACUCCCAGAAUUCUUCUUCUUUGGGCUCACACACAUCAACGAGGGAGAGCAUUUCUUCAUUGAGCCGGACACGAAGCUUCACAAGGUGGCCCCUGAGGGCUGGAAGGACCACUGGAAGGAGAAUGGCCCUGUCAUCACCCUGACCCUGUACGUCAGGGUCAAAUUCUACCCAUCCAGUGUGACCCUGCUAAGACACCAGAUAUCCAAGCACCUGUUGUACCUACAGCUUAGGCAUGACAUCCUGGAGGAAAGAACUCUUUGUGAUGAAGAUCAGUGUGUGGAGUUAUCUGGUCUUGCUUUGCAAGCAGAGUAUGGAGAUUAUGACCCAGAAAGCAUGGGCAAGAACUACUUUCUGCAAGAGCAUUACUUUCCACACCGGGUCGUGAAACGCCUGGGCAGUGUGUACAUCAGAGAUCAUGCCACGGAGGAACACCGCAAACUGGCAGGAUUGACAGACAGACAGGCCGAGAUAGAGUUUAUUAAGAAAGCAACAAAACUUCAAGAAUAUGGAAUCCACUUUUACAAGUUACAGAAGAGUAAGACAAACACAGCAGACAUUAUUUGGGUUGGGAUUAAUGUCCAUUCCCUGUUACUGGCUGAGAAUGAACUCCAGGGCAAGAGAUUUAUGAUCCAACAGUACCCCUGGCAGAGCAUCAAGAAGGUCUCGUUCAACAAGAGGCGCUUCAGCAUCCAGAGUAAGCCAGACCAUGGAGUGGAAAAGCCCCCAAAGCUGAACUACUACACCAACAGUUACAGGAAGGGCCGUUAUCUGCUGCAGUUUUCCACAGCUCAGCACAGAUUUGAACUCAGCAUGAGGUCCAGAGAAUCCAACAUUGAUCCUCAAGAACUCACCCUGGACUCAGUGGCCGAGUUUAUGUGUGACGAGAGCAUGGUGGAUGAUGAGCAGAGCUCGAGCGAGUCACAUGGAGCAUCAGCAUCAGAAGCCUUAAAUGGAUUACACAAACCAAAGGCUGAAGGAAAAUCAUUACCGUACGCAUUACCCCCGCCCUAUAAAGCGGAGGCCAGUGUCAGCAUGCUUGACCUGCGGCAGAAGUAUAAACUCCCCUCGGACAAGAAACGGGAGCGUUACGCCGUGUCCACUGGAGACAUCUUCCGCGAAUCGCUGAGAGAGGAGCCCAGACCUCCAUAUGUUAUAGAGACGGCAGACCAGACCAACUUGGAUGGGGAUAUGGGCCCCAACGAAACUGUUAACACCACACUUCAAAAAAGAUUUGAUGAUGAGCUUCUUUCUCCAGAACAAUCUGAACGAAAUGUUUGCGAGAUUGUUCUGAAGAAGGCACCUAAUGUUGGCUUUGGCAUCACUAUCGUAGGCGGAGAAUGCUCCAACAAGCUGGACCUUGGGGUGUUUGUUAAAGCUGUUGCCCCAGGAGGUCCUGCCUUUCGCAACGGUCACAUUAAGCCGGGCGAUCAGUUGAUUGCAAUCAACGGGCAGAAUCUUGAGGGAGUCCAGCACCACGAAGCAGUCAAGAUGAUAAGGUACUCGGGAGACACCGUCAGACUGCUUGUGUCGCAAGUGCGAGCGCCGAAAUCCAUCAAACGCAAGGUCGACCUAAGAGAUGCCAUGGCCAAAUUAAAAACUUCCAAUGCUAGCCCAUCUGAUAUCGGGAUCUAUGGUCAGAUAUCAGAUGAGGACCAUAAUAAUCAGGACAAUUCAGACCAUAUUCAUGUAGACAACAUUCCAUUUGAUCAUGUAAGAGAUGACCCAUCUGUUGCUGAUGUGUCAACCAUGUCACAAAUCGAAUCCAUAGAAAGUGAAAUUUUUCCUGUAACUGACCUACCCCAGGAUAGUCAACCCAUUCCUGCAGUAAGAGACCCUGAUGACACAGAGAAUGAUGUAGAAUCAGAGGUGGAUUCAGACUUGGAGAAGGGGAUCCAAGCUAUAACAGAGGGGCGGGGACUGGAUAAAGCAGACCCUCAGAAAAUGUUACAAGCGACAGAACUAAAUGAAUGGCAAAAAAUAGAGGUUACAGCAAGUGACAGUAAACAAGAGAUUUUACCAGGGGAAAUGUUUGAGGUGACACUGGAUAAGAAAGGUGGCGAUUUUGGUCUCAAUGUCACUGGAGGUAAAAACACAUCUGUGAAGUUUGGAGGAAUUUAUGUCAAAUCCAUUAUACCCCACAGUGCCGCUGCAGACCUCACUGGUCCAGGGAUUAUACAACCAGGGGACAGAAUUCUGGCUGUUGGAGAAAUACCCAUGAAAAAUGUCACACACAAACAGGCUGUGGAAAUUAUUCAGAAUGCUCCAGAUGUUUGUUUGUUCUCUGUUGAACGAGGCGCUUGUUCCAUUUCCUCCAGGAGUUCUGUAAGGUCCAGCAACUCCUCAACCGGAUCUGUAGAAUCCAGACAGAAUCCAAGCAAAACUCCUCCUAUUAUGCAAAUGUUUACGCAUGGAGAAAAACAGCAGAAAAACCGUGACCUGGAUUUGAUGGAGGAAAGUGAAAGUAAAACAAUAUCUUCAUCAUCAAAGGCAGGAAGUACUGCUGUUCAUGUUCAGAACAGUUACAAUAGUUUCACAGAAUCAGAUCAGACUGAAAGCAGUGCCUCUGCCAACAGCAAUGUGUCAGGAAACCAAAGCAGUGAAAACAGAGGCCAGAAAGAGAAGACAGAUACACCAUUGGAGGAAGAUUCAGUCCCAGAAUCCCUGGAAUCCAGUGAAGAGGUGGAUCAAAAGCGAGAAGUAGGGGGCCUGCAAAGGGAGGCUUCAGAACUAACAGACGCUUCAGAAGGAAGCAUUCCCUCUAAUGAUGGAAACAUUUACUAUCCAUUUGUUGACAAAGAAAACACAUUCAUGGUGGACUUGAACAAGGGACCAUCCGGUCUUGGGUUCAGUGUGUAUGGAGGGGUGGAUGUGGACAUGGAUGACCAGACCCAGGGAGUGGUCCGCAUCAAAAAAGUCUUCCCCCUGGGACCCGCCAAAUCCAGCCAGCAGAUCCAGAGAGAUGAUGUCUUACUAGAGGUCAACGGAGUUCCGGUCAAAGGUCGCACACAUGCUGAGGUUGUCUCACUUUUACACUCGGUUGUUUCCAAUGUUAAAUUACUGAUGUGUCGUCCCAGUCAUCAUCAGUUAGCUCCCCUACCAAGAUCUAGCAGUGAAGAAUGGAUGGAGCGCAGAGCGGCUGCUCGCCUAGACGACACAGGAACCCCCUCAGAGACAGAGUCCGAAGACGAACCCAUUCUGUACCGGGACACCCUCCCUGACCAAGGAGUCAUCACUCCACCCUCAGGAUUUGCUUCCCCUGGGGCAGAUCCAAAUCCCCAGAACUUGUUUGUCCCUCCCCCAACCAGCCCUCCACCUCCCCUCCCUAGAACCCCUCCCCCAUCCAUCUCACUACAGAACAGCCCCCUACCACUCCAGCAAAAUCCAGGUUUGGGGCGCUGGGGAGACUUUGAAAAUCUACGAACAGCAGUCAGUCCCAGAUCUGUUUACAGUGAUGAGUUUAACUCAACCUUUAACUCCACCCAAGAGAGUUUGGAGGAGGUGUAUGAGCCAGAGGAUAAAGGUCAGCUGAUUGACCUGGCUGAGGGCACAAAGAAGUCAAGGUCAUCUAGCAGCCAAUCAGAUGCUAGUGAAUCAUCAACAGAUUCUAUUGUCAGAUCUCCACUGAAAAGAACGUUAAAUACUGCUGAAGGUCUACAAUCCACUGCUUCAGAGAGUGGCCUGGAUGCCAUAUUGUCCAAAAACAACAAACAUCUAGGAACAGGCACCAAUUCACUGCAGUCCUCCGAGCUUCCCUCAGAUGAAGAGGACUUGAGUCUAGGGGACACAGAGCAAUACAGAAGUUCCCCUACAGCACCAAGGGGUUCCCCAAUGGCUGAUGCUUCAAUGCCGAGGGAUUCCCCACCGCUAAAUAUAGUUGUUAACAUGGAUUGUUUAAACCAGACCGAGACAUUUGAUGAAGGGAGUUCAGGGAGUAAUGAUGAUGACUGCGAAGAUGAUCAACUUCCACCAGGGGAGAUUGAGGUGGAACUAGUGAAGGAUGAGAAGACAGGGCUUGGGUUCUCUGUGUAUGGAGGGGUCAGCAAGGGGGGCUGCUACAUCAGGGACGUCGUGGCAGACCCAGCCCUGUCUGAUGGCAGACUCCUGACAGGGGACCGACUACUUAAGGUGAAUGGCCUAGACCUCACCAAACUUAACCACACGGAUGCAGUCGGACAUUUGAGGAAUGCCAAAGGUCAAGUCAGAAUCCGAGUCUAUCGACCACCUCAAGUCCCUGCUCCAGUGUCGGCCCAUCCACAGGUAGAGAAGUCUGAACCAGUUAGACAGGAGGAUUCUGAGGAAGAGAGUGAGGAGGAGGAGGAGGAGGAGAGUGAGGAUGGAGGUGAGACCAUGAACAGCGGGUAUGAGCCAGACUCCAUGGCAUCCACAGCAGACCUCACCAGUGUCACGCAGCCUGACAUGAUACACCUGGAGUUGGACCGCACCUGUCCUGGGGGCCUUGGAUUCAGCUUGGUCACUGCUGAGAAAGACCACCAGACAGGGGUGUUUGUCCGAUCCAUCCGACCCAACAGUCAGGCCGAGCAGGACGGGCGACUCCACGUCAUGGACAGAAUAGUACAGAUAAAUGGAGAAUCAACAGUUGGAUUGAACCACACCAAAGCUGCCCAGCUGAUAAAGGCUUCCCCAGACCGAGUGACCCUCACAGUGUCAAGAUAUACAGCCAGACAGCUUGAGACUAUGACCCCACCUGUAAUGAUCAACUCCUCAGACGAUGAAGAGGAAGAAGACUAUGACUAUGUUGAUGAGGACAGAGGCCAUGAUGAUGAGGACAGAGGUCAUGAUGAUGAGGACAGGGGCCAUGUUGAUCAGCUGACGGCCAGCAUGAAGGAUGAUGUAUACGACUCUGAGGACGACGAUAUGGAUGCACUGGUCAAUGAGGCUGAGAAGCUGCUUCUGUCCUCGGAGUCCUUGGAUCUGAGUGAGCGAGCCUUGAAUGAGGGCGUUAUGAAGACCCCAGGGGUUUCUUACAAAACGGCAGAGUAUGCCUUGUCCGAUGAAAACAAUGAUGUGUCAGAAUAUGAAACGGAAGGAACAGAGGAACUCCAAGAGGGCCUGAAGGCCCUGUUGAAGGGCAGUGCGAGGAACCAGACCUUUACUAUUGACACCAUACAGAGGAAGCUGGAGGUGGAGGUCCCAGAGGUCCUCACCCCACACUGGCUGGACAGUCUGCCCCUGAUUGUGGUCGCUGAGGAGGUCAGGGGUCGAGUGCCGGCUCUAAUCAGCAAACUACAGCAUGCUCUGGAUCAGAAGAACCACCAAGAAGAGUACAAGGAACUAAGACAGGUGAAAUCCACUGAUGAAUGUGCAAUAGCCAAACUUCCAGAAAAUAAGCCUUUGAACAGAUUUAGAAAUAUUCUGCCAUAUGACUUCAACCGAGUAGAACUGACAGGAAAACACAACUAUAUCAAUGCCAGUCACAUCUUGAUGAAUGUCGGGGAGAUGGAGGCCCACUACAUUGCAGCACAAGGCCCCCUUCCUGAUACCUCACAUGACUUCUGGCAGAUGAUCUGGGAACAGAAUAUCUCGGUAAUUGCCAUGUUGACGCUGGAUGUGGAGAAUGGGAAGGUCAAGUGUCACCAAUACUGGCCCGACUCUGUGGAAACUCCGCUGUCUGUGUGUGAUGGGUUGUACAAACUGAGCUUGCUUAGAGUGCAGUCCCUGGAGCAUUUUGAAAUCCGAGAAAUAAUGAUAGAGAACAGGCCUAUGGGGACGGGACGUCUAGUGUACCAUUUCAUGUUUACCAACUGGCCUGAUCAGACAGCCCCAAACACACGACCUCUCCUACAGUUUUUACAGUUGAUCCAUGCCCACCAUACCACAGGGCCCAUUCUGGUUCACUGUAGUGCUGGGAUAGGUAGAACAGGUGCCCUGAUCACAAUAGACCUAGCCCUGGCUCAGAUAGAGAGAAAAGGAAGGUGUGAUAUUUUCGAAAUUGUAUUAGAACUACGCAAACAACGAUAUGGCAUGAUACAGGUCAAGGAUCAGUAUACCUUAUCUUACCUUGCCUGUUUGGAUGCCCUUAGAAGUCUGUCUUCCUAAAGAUUCUAUAUUUACCCAAAAUAUUUCAUAAAUAUUUCUUUAAAUUAUUCAUCGUAUUGUAUACAAUUUUUUUUUUUUGGAGAUUUUAAUUGUUCAUUAGAAAGUAGUUGUCAGUACCUUUUUUUAUUUUUACCAUAAAUCUGCAAUAGAUGGGUCAUUUUUCCUUUGUCAGGAUGAGUGUGAAAUAUUGUGAAUUUUUUAUUGUAUACAUUACUCAUUUUACCUUUUAAGUGUAGAUCACCUGUAAGCAAUUGUAUAUGUGCAAUUCAUGUCUUCCUUUUUGUAUGAUAUUGUUCUUCAGUUAGCAUUUUGUAUGGGAUUUUUUUUUCUCUGUUGUGUUAAACCCCUAUUAUUUAAUGAGUGUUAAUGUAAUUAUAAGUAGUUAAACAAUUUCCUUUAAUUUAAAAAAAAUUAACAUAUUAUUGAACAACUUACCAAAAAAUGUGUGAAUUGUUAUGAAAAACCCUGAAUGUCUUGCAAUCGAUCUUGAUAUUGACAAUGUUUACCUCAUUUUUUAUAGUAAAUACAUGUAUAUACAUUGGUAUGCCAAUAAACUUCAUUCAGUUAACAUGUUGUAUUAACCACCAUUGUGUAUCAUUGUCGUUCUUUACAGAGUUAUCUUUCAUGUUCAGCAUUUCUGUGCCAUAACUGUCCCAUUUCUAAUGAUAUGCAUUGUUUUGUUCAUGGUUUUUUUCUUCGCAGCUAUAACAUUUUUCUUCCACCAAUAUUUUAUUCACAUAUUUCAUCAGAAUAAAACAGCCGUAUAUCUUUUAUCAGCAUUUCCUUUUAACACAAUUCAUUUCAUCGUAGCAUUAAAGUAUUUAUUGUCAUUAGGCUUGAAUCAUGUUUUGAAGACCAUAUUUUUAACCUUUUAAUGUUACGUAUUAUAACAAGUAUGAAAACCUUUAAAAAGAAAAAAGGCAUGAAUUAUAAAGUCCCAAUAAAAUGUAUAUUCCUAGAUAUGUAAGUAAAUGUAUUAUAAUUAAUAUGAUGAUUAAUAUAAUGCCUAUAUAAAGCACUGGUUUUUUUCAUACAUGUAUUUGUGUAUUGAUACAUACCUGUUAUAUAAAGAUUUUACAUAAAAUAAGUCUUGACUUGCCGUCCAUAUAUCAAAGUAUUGCCAGUAAAUAUUGGAGUUCAGAAAAAUGCAUUUCCUCUUUAAAAAUAUUUCCAUUAAAUCAAAACCAUUUAGCGGAUCUUAGUUUGUGCAGAAGAAAGAUGCAGAAAAAAAUGUUUAGGAUAAUUCGGUGUUAAGUUAUUUUUUAGAUAGAAAAGUAUUUUCAAAAUAUGAAUAUGAGUCUAUGAAUAUCUUGUAAAUCUGACUUCAUUUUUUUGCAUUAAUAUGAAGAGCAUUUUAUACAGCUUUGUGAUAAAUCUCUAGUCAUUGGGCUUUUUAUUGAUACCUUUAAUUUAAUUUACUUUGCUUUAAACAUUAUGUUACAUGGGUUUGUUCAUUUUGUUCUCUUCAGUGUUUUCCUUGAUGCAUUAUGUGAACUCAACAUUCAAUAUUGCCUGCCUAUUAAAAACUUUUCUUUCAGUACUGGUUUUUUUACGAACAUUAUAAUCUUUUCUUUAUUUCAUAUCUCUAUAUUUAUCCUUAAAAAAUGCAUUUUUAUUGGUUUUAAAUGAUCUGACUAAAUUUUGCGGUCAAUUUGAAAUUUAAAAGCAUUCCGGUCUUGAUUCAUAUUCAUGCUCUGCAAUAUGGUAUAUAUGAUAGAUAUUAAAACCACAUUAAACCACUAAA